GUAGUGAGCUACUUCGUGGCGGGAGGUAUUAAACUCAGCGUCUCGCAGUUAUAAAUUCACGCCUGCGAUCGUGUAUUAAGUCAGUCGAUUUCCAGCGUUUUUUUCUCUAACCUGCGCGAGCCAUUCUAUAUGGCUUACCCUCAGACUGUGCAAUUGUGGCACGUGCAAGUGCCUUUCGUUGUAUUUAAAGUUCGCAAGAGAACAAUUCAAGAGAUUGACGAUCGUUUUUUUGCCGCUGAUUAGUCGACGAUUUUGUGAAAACAGUGCAAUUUGUUUGCAUUGUGUUGCAUUCUCUUGAUGAUAAGAUACAUCAGCGAUCGAUUUAUCUUGAAAAAAAGAUAGUACAAGUCUUAAUUUUAGAUUAUGAUUUCGGACAUUAAGUUCCUUUAAAAUACAUAAUUACUGUAGGGGAAGAUUCGAUUUUUUUUAAGAUUUGCAGAACACUCUACUUCAGCUUAAAGCGAUCAUUCAUUGGCAAAAUGUCGACAACGUUGGAAAAAAAGAAAGGCGAGGAGAAUGAAAAUCGACCGAAAAUCGAAAUUUUCGAUGACAUUCUCGUCUACAUUGGCGAAGCAGGCCGUUAUCAAUGGUUCCUAUUCUUUGUAUUGCUGCCGUUUACCUUCGUGUAUGCGUUCCUUUACUUCGGCCAAUUUUUCAUGAUGCUAGUUCCCGAAGAACACUGGUGUAGAGUGCCCGAGUUCGAUAAUUCAAAUCUCACCGAUUGGCAGAAAAUAGAGUUAUCAGUGCCGCCUAAAUCACAAGAAGAGGAUGACGCUGAAAGUCACGUCAAGUUUUCCAGAUGUAGAAUGUACAUCGCUAAUUACACGGAGGUGUUAAUAACGGGAAAAAAACCUGGACCUGAUACGCCAAUUGGCAGUUGCCAAUAUGGUUGGUCCUUUAAUAUGACCAGUGUUCCUUACAAAUCGAUUGGUGCUGAGUUGGAAUGGGUUUGCGAUUAUGCGUACCUGAGUACCACAGCGCAGUCGGCAUUUUUCGUAGGCAGUAUGGUAGGAGGUUUCAUUUUCGGUUACAUUGCCGAUCAUUAUGGAAGACUACCAGCACUCGUUGCUUGCAACGGAGUUGGCUUUUUCGCAUCUAUCGGUACUGCAUUUACCAACAGCUUUUGGACCUUCACACUGAGUCGUUUUAUCGUUGGUUUUUCAUUCGACAAUUGUUUCAAUAUUAUCUUCAUCAUUGUAAUCGAAUAUGUCGGUCCGAAAUAUAGAACACUCAUGGCAAAUAUGUCUUUUGGAAUAUAUUUUGCAUUUGCCGCGACUAUGUUACCGUGGAUUGCAUACUGGAUCGCAGAUUGGAAAAUUCUCAGUAUCGUUGCAGCACUUCCACUCGUUAUUGCCUUUAUAACACCAUGGAUUGUGCCUGAAAGUGCUAGAUGGUAUAUACAAAACGGUCGUAUAGAAAAAGCAGUGGAAAUUUUGAAAAAGUUUGCGAAAGUUAACAAAAAGGAAGUGUCAGACGAGGUCUUUAAGGAAUUUGCAAAAACUUGUAAUAAGAUGAUCCAAAAUGACAAGUCUAAUAACGACUAUACAGUGCUCGACUUGUUUAAGCUACCUAGGCUCAGGCGUAUCACUAUCGUACUUGUCUGUUACUGGCUACUUAUUAUUUUGAUAUUCGAUGGUCACGUAUGGAACAUGAAACUACUGCAUCCCGACGUAUUUACCUCGUUUUCGUUAGCCUCGAUAUCAGAAUUACCGGCCGCGAUCCUCUUAGCUCUAUUCCUGGACAGAUGGGGUAGACGUUGGAUGGGCUUUUUAUCUAUGUUCAUGUGUGGAGUUUUCUCCUUCGUUGCCUUGGGAAUGCCCAUAGGUCCAUGGGCAAUGUCGAUGGCUGUCAUAGCCCGUUUAGGAGUUAACGUAGCAGCCAACAUUGGUUUCCAAUUCGCUGCUGAAAUGCUACCUACGGUGGUAAGAGCACAAGGUGUCUCCCUUAUCCACAUUAUCGGUUAUACUGCUCAUGUACUUGGACCUUAUGUCGUCUAUUUGGCAAAUAUCGAUUCAACGUUGCCGUUAAUUGUACUUGGUGCAUUGUCAUUCGUCGUUGCUGGAUUGACGCUUACUUUACCUGAAACGAUAGAACAAGAAUUGCCAGAAUCUCUUGAAGAGGGCAAUAAUUUCGGAAAAGAACAAAGCUUCUGGUGGUUUCCGUGCAUUGUAAGUUCGUCGGAAAAAAAGAAGAAGUACAGAAAGAGGAACUUAAGCAGUGUAAAUGCGGGUUUUAAUCCAGGCAGUUUACACAGGGUCGAAUCGACGCGAUUAUAGGAGUAAGAAACUAAACGAAAUUUAAAUUCUAUGAGACAUUCGUGAAUUUACAAUACAAAAUUAGUCACGUCUUCGAUUGUAAAUAUUCUAUAUGAUUAUGAAUAAUUAUAUAACAUUCUUUUAUAAUGCCAAAAUAUAAAUUUCAUUCUGUGUUUCGUACAAUCAACCUCAUUAUUAGCACAAAGUGGCACGUUUUCAUUGUAUUCGAAUGUAAUAUUUAAAUUAUUAAGUGAAUAUUUUGAGAAAGUUAAAUAUAUUAGCUUAUGCCAAUACCUCGAUAUGGAUGAAUAAUAUUAAAUUAGAAGAAAAAAUCCAAAAGAUAAACAGGUCAUUAAGAUAAAAAAAUUGAUAAAGUGAUAAAAGUUGAAAAUAAUUAAUUUUUCAUAUUUGAAUAAUUUUUUAGGCACUAUUUUUGUUGACAGACAAAUAAAAUCAAUAUUUUUUUUCAUUAGAAAUAAAAUUAAAUAUAUAUUAGAUAUUGAACCUGUGCUUCCAUUGUU